AUGAGGUUCCCUUCAUGGCUGGGUCCACCCAUCCGCGAUUCUCCACCCUUACUCCGACUGAGUCUCUUGUUGACAUCCCUUGCGCCAAUCUCUAAUGCGAUCUCCUUCACUCCGAUCCCAUCUCCUAAUCUCGAUCUCUCUAAUCUGGGCCGUGUAGGGCUGGCGGGUGAUUUUGACGGCAUUUCGUUGUAUCAAUUCGAAGGACAGAAUGAGAACGGCUUCAACACGAAUGGCAGCCAGUCUGUGUUAUCACAAUUUCCCAAUGGCGCCUUUACGACUCUGGCUGCAUCUGAUGCCGGUAUUCAGGCUAUGUGUACAUUUGUUAUGAAGGACGGAACGACGGCUGGUGUAAUGGUCGCUGGUAAUUUCACAAGCCUUGGAGGGAUGAAUUCGCCAGGGGCUGCCAUGUUCAAUCCAAACACCUCGACCGUUACUCCACUCCCUGGUCUGUCUGGCCAAGUCUCCGCACUGCUUUGCGAUCAAGAUACGAAUACUGUGUACGUUGGAGGCAGUCUACGGGGCGCAAACUCCACGAAUGCGCUUGCUUGGGUAGGAACAACUGGCUGGACUAAUCUUCCAUUUAAUGGUUUCAAUGGACCUGUGAAAUCCAUUACUAAGGAUUCUACUGGCCAUAUUAUCUUUGGAGGAUCUUUUACGGCCUUAGGAAAUGCUACGGGACCGAGCGAACCAGAUCAACAAAUCAUCAACAUUUCGGGGGCCAAUAUCACAGCCGGAUCAUCUACGACACUCAGCGGCUUUAGCGACCCAAGGAAUAUUGCUUGCCCGAGUGGUGGGAUCGAUGGACAUGACAACACGUGGCUCCUGGCUGAUAAUACUCCUGGCUUCUGGGAGGCUAAGUUCGGAUUUGGUUUUGAACCGACAAAGCUAAGAUUGUGGAAUACUCACCAAGAUGGCCGCGGCACAAAGACUUGGCGAUAUACUGCUCAGCCAAUCAAUGGCAUCAUGAAUUUCACAUACAUCGAUCCAGCAACAGGCCAGAAUGCGACCUGCACCUCCCAGUGCCCCCUGAGCAAUGACGCUAGUGUGCCAUAUCAGGACUUUCACUUUGUCAAUGUCAUUGGAAUGAGUGGCUUCCGCUUGGAUAUCUCUGAUUGGUAUGGCAGUGGAGGCGGAUUGAAUGGGAUCGAGCUGUUUGAGAAUGAUAUAUUCGCCUAUGCCAUCACUAAAUUCGACGAACCUACUUGUGCUGGAAUCCAGUUGGCUUCGAAUGCCAACAUCACUGGACCGUGGAAGGUCACUCCUUCUUCUCAAAGCUAUUCCGAAUACUUAACAGCUACGGUCACUGAGCCAGACUCGGCCUCUGUUAUGUUUCUUCCUGAUAUCAAGCAAUCUGGCAAUUACUCCGUCAACAUGUACACACCAGGAUGCAUUCAAGAUAACACAUGCUCCACCCGAGGACGGGUCACGGUCAAUGGCACGAUGGCGAGUGGCGUCAGUGGUACAGGGUUCACCACGGAGAUUUACCAGACAAACAACUUCGACAAGUAUGACCAGAUAUACUUCGGGUACAUCGAAGCUGGUAGCAACUCUUUCCGCCCUUCUGUAACCCUCACGCCGGCACCUGGUCAAACUAUCGCCAAUCUCUCGGUCGUGGCUCAACGCGUUGGCUUUACACUCAUUUCUUCAAGUGGUGGCCUGAAUAACAUAUUCGAGUACGACCCUAAUCAAGCCGUAAUAAAUGCUGCAGACUUCACCAACUCAACCUUUGAUAAGGCCGGGAUGAGCCUUGGGACUGGAUCUGGGGUGAACACGCUUCAGACCUUGGGAAGCACUACUUACGUCGGGGGUAACUUCUCAACGGCUACAUUCGAGAAUAUCUUGGCAAUCGGUGAUAGCGGCGCUACUCCACUGACAGGAGGUGGUCUGAACGGAGAGGUCUUGACUGCGUUUGCCAAUGGGUCCAUUCUCUAUGUGGGGGGUGGGUUCACCAACACAAGUACCGGCGGAAGCCCUGGUCUCAACAAUGUUGCUGCAUACGAUACAUCCAAGAAUGCAUGGAACGCCUUGGGAACCGGCGUCAAUGGGCUCGUUACAAAUAUCGUGCCGUUGUCAAUGAACGUAACCGCCAAUACUCCAGAAACUGUACUUACUCUUACGGGUGAUUUCACCGAAAUCCUCCCCUUCGGGAACAACAGUUCCAUAGCUGUUACGGGAUUUGCUAUUUGGGUACCAUCCCACGGCAACUGGCUCCAGAAUCUGAACGUUACCACAAUCGGCAUUGAUGGAGGAGAGCUUACUGCUUCUGUAGAUCUCCCAGAAGGAGGUCAUCUCUUCGCAGGUUCCUUAUCCUGGUCUCAGCUGAACGCCAAUGGAGUGGCCGCCCUCUCAUCUGGGUCUAGUCUAGCCACAUUUCCUGUCAAGAUUCAGUCAUCUCAACCUCAGUCCUCAAGUAGCUUGGCCAAACGCGCUACCGGCAGUCAAAAUGUUACCGGGGUUGUCACUGGACUAUUCUAUGAGAAUGGAGGACGCAAUAUUACGAUUCUUGGUGGACAAUUUACAGCAGUCGGGUCGAAUGGGUCGAAUAUCAAUAGCCUUGCCUUUAUCAACGGCUCGAACUCCGAUACUGUUACAGGUAUUGGGCCAUCACUCUCAAAUGACUCUACAGUUCUUGCAUUGGCUAUCCAGGAAGAUACUCUGUUCGCUGGUGGAUCACUGAGCGGAAAUGUCAACGGCGCAACCGUGGAUGGUCUGAUCUCGUAUAACCUCCUCACAUCCACGUUUCCAGUACAGCCACCUGCCCUAGCUGGCGACACUGUUUCUGUCAACACUAUCACAAUGAGACCAAGCUCAUCGGACGUCUACGUUGGCGGGAGCUUUUCCUCUGCAGGGUCUCUGGAUUGUCCAGGUGUAUGUGUCUUCACCACUACAGUGUCUCAGUGGAAUCGUCCAGGCUCAAGCCUUGGGGGCACGGCUAAUGUUAUGACGUGGGCCAGCCCGAACUUACUCAUUGUUGGUGGGGACCUAUCGAUCAAUGGCGAGAAAAUCUCGUUAGCAAAUUACGAUGCCAAAGCAGAAACGUGGAGCGCUGCAGACGGAGCAACCAUAAUUCCAGGGCCUGUAACUGCACUUUCUGCAGCAAGCAGUGACGCAUCCGAACUCUGGGUUGCAGGAACUGCGACCAACGGCUCAGCUUUCCUCAUGAAGUACGAUGGGAGUAACUGGAAUUCUGUUGGUGACGCUCUCGGGAACGGUACAACAAUUCGAGGUCUCCAAAUGUUGCCACUCAGCAAAAACCAUGCCUCGUCGUCCCUUGUCCCUUCAAACCAGGUACUCAUGGUCACCGGUUCUUUGAACCUGACGGGAUUUGGGAGUGUGUCAGCAGUACUAUUCAAUGGCACGACCUUUGAGCCCUUCGCCCUCACUAGCACCUCAUCCAACACUGGGGGUAGCUUAUCUCAGUUCUUCUCCCAAGAACAGAACUUCUUCCGCAAGCCACGUCACCAUCUCCGCGUUGGCUUCGUCGUUCUGAUUGCGCUCGCCAUCUCUCUGGGCAUCAUAUUCCUGAUGGUCAUUGCUGGCGUCAUCGCAGAGCGUAUUCGCCGGAAACGCGAAGGCUAUGUCCCGGCGCCCACGGCUACCUACGACCGAGGGAACGGCAUGUCGAGAAUCCCGCCGUCGCAGCUAUUCGGCUCUUUAGGCCAGGGCCGGAGCGGGAUCGAGAAGCAAGAGAGGCUCCUCCGCCGACGACCCUCUCCAGCCUCAUUACCCAAGGUACUCAACGCCUCCUGGGAUCCUUUCUCCCCCUCCACGACUGCAUCCUCCCGUCUCCCUCUGCACCCACCGCCAGCAUCGCCCAUUGUACCGUCCCGUGCAUCGUACAUCCUACAUCUGGUACAUACAUCGCCAUCGCCCAUCGAUAACAAAGGUCGUCUCAAGUGGUACGACACAUUGAUCAGCAGCACUGCCGACCGGCAACCCUCACAGUGGAACCUGGCGGAUGAGCUUAAUCUCCAACGAGACCGCCGUCCCCUUGACUCUCCCUGGAACCUUUCAUCCUCGACCCGAUCGCAGGACCCUGGCACCUCCACACAACCUCCUCCACCAAGGACCCAAGGACCCAGGACACAAUACAAAAGGCGCUCCUAG